AUGUAUGUCGUAGAGAACGUGAAUCAUGUCGUAGAGAACGUAAAUCAUGACGUAGAGAACGUGAAUCAUUUCGUAGAGAACGUGAAUCAUGUCGUAGAGAACCUGAAUCAAUUCGUAGAGAACGUGAAUAAUCAUGCCAUGAUCUAUAGAAAACAUAAAUCACGUCAUAGAGAACGUGAAUCAUGUCGUAGAGGACCUGAAUCAUGUCGUAGAGAACGUGAACCAUGUCGUAGAACACGUGAAUCAUAUCGUAGAAAACGUGAAUCAUAUCGUAGAGAACCUGAAUCAUGUCGUAGAGAACCUGAAUCAAUUCGUAGAGAACGUGAAUCAUGUCGUACAGAAUGUAAACCAUGUCUUAGAGAACGCGAAUCAUGUCGUACAGAACAAAACCUGAAUCAUGUCGUAGAGAACGUGAAUCAUGACGUAGAGAACGUGAAUCAUGUCGUAGAUAACGUGAAUCAUGUCUUAGAGAACGUGAAUCAUGUCAUGAUCUAUAGAAAACGUGAAUCAUGUCGUAGAGAACGUGAAUCAUGUCGUAGAGAACUUGAAUCAUGUCGUAGAGAACUUGAAUCAUGUCGUAGAGAACGUGAAUCAUUUCGUAGAGAACGUGAAUCAUGUCGAAGAAAACGUAAAUCAUGUCGUAGAGAAUCUGAAUCAUGUCGUAGACAACGUGAAUCAUGUCGUAGAGAAUGUAAAUCAUGUCGUAGAGAACAUGAAUCAUGUCGUAGAGAACGUGAAUCAUGUCGUAGAGAACGUGAAUUAUGUCGUAGAGAAUGUAAACCAUGUCGCAGAGAACGUGAAUCAUGUCGUAGAGAACGUGAAUCAAGUCAUGAACUUUAG